UGGUAGAUGUCUGUUCGACAUCUCGGUCGAUAUUCUCGGCUCCUGCCACCGCCUCUGUACUCAAAACGGACAUUGGGAUGGGGAGGAGCACUGGCUGUUGGGCUCGUCGCCACCAGCUGUCGAUCAGGUUGUGGAGAUUUCCGGAGAGUCACGCUGAACACUCUCUUUAGGUUAUACAGCACUUCUCUCUUCUCUACCCCAUUCACUUCGUCAAUGUCUCUUACUCCUCCUCAGGCGCCUCCAACAUGGGACCAUACCCCAGAGCAGAUACUGAGCAUUACCAAGGAAGCUAUCGAAAAGGAUCGUGCAGCAAUGGACAAGGUCGGCAGUGUGUCAGCCAAGGAGGCUGAUUUCAAAUCGCUUCCUUUGGCAGAGGCAGAAACUGCAUUCGAUACUGUCGUAGAGCCUCUGUCUUUCUACCAGAAUGUUUCUCCAUCCAAAGAACUUCGGGACGCUUCCAAUGAUGCUGAAUCUAUCGUUCGCGACUACGGUGUUGAAUCAUCUAUGCGUCUGGACGUCUUCCACGCUAAAGUGGCUGCGGAGAAGAAUAUCAAGGAAUCUGGUGCUUGGGACAAGUUGUCUCCGGAAGAACAAAGGCUCAUAGAGAAGAUGGUUCUGGAAGGGACACGCGCUGGUCUUGCUUUACCUGACAAAGAGCGAGCCGAACUAAUGGACCUCAAAAAGGAGCUAUCCAAGGUUUGCUUGGAUUUCAGCAAAAACUUCAAUGAGGAGAAUAGCGUCAUCUCGUUCACUCUCGAGGAGCUUGACGGUGUACCUUCGGACGUGAUUUCCGGAUAUACCAAGCGUUCGGAAGGUUCGAAGGAAGUAUACGACGUCACUUACAAGACCCCUGAUAUAUUCCCUGUCUUCAAAUAUGCGAAGAACCCGACGACGCGUCAACGAGCUCAAGAAGGCCAUGAAUCACGACUUUCGAUCAACGUACCUCUACUGACCAAGGCGCUAGAGCUGCGCCGUAAGAUUACCUCGCUCCUGGGCUACAAGACCUGGGCCGACUACAUCACCGAAGUGAAGAUGGUCAAAACCGCAGACAACGCACAAAAGUUCCUUGACGAUUUGGAGCAAAAGCUUCGACCUGUCGGAUUGAAGGACAAAGAAACCCUCCUCGCUCUGAAGAAGCAGGAACACGAGGAAACUGGUAUUCCCUUCGACGGGGAGUUUUAUGUUUGGGACUACAGAUACUAUGAUCGAAUGUUUAUUGAGAAGACACUCGAUCUCGAUGACUCGCUUGUCAAGGAGUACUUCCCUGUCUCCGUUGUCAUCCCCACCAUCCUCUCCAUCUACCAGAAUCUACUAGGUGUUCAAUUCGAGGAGAUCAAAGGCGGUUCAACUUGGCAUCCAGACGUCCAGCAGUUUGCUGUCUGGGAAAAGAACGCUAAAGACGAGUCUGAUUUCGUUGGGUAUUGCUACCUUGACCUUUUCCCGCGUGCCUCCAAGUAUUCACACGCAGCUGUGUGGCCUCUGCUUCCCGGUUAUGACCUUCCCGAUGGUUCAAGGAAGUACCCCCUCGCUGCGAUGGUUGCUAACCUUGCAAAGCCGACACCGGAUAAGCCCGCAAUCAUGAGGCACGACGAUGUUGUCACUUUCUUCCACGAGAUGGGACAUGUCUUCCACGGCCUGCUGAGCCGAACCAAAUUCUCGAGGUUCCAUGGCACAAGUGUGGCGCGGGAUUUCGUUGAGGCGCCUUCUCAGAUGUUGGAGAACUGGUGCUGGGAACCCAAGGUUCUGCAAAAGAUGUCUAGUCAUUAUAAGACCGGUGAACCUCUGUCACCUGAGCUUAUUGACAAACUUAUCAAAAGUCGGUACGUCAAUGUUGGCCUAUUCUACCUUCGACAGCUCUUUUUCGCCAAAUUCGAUAUCAAAGUACACACGGACCAAGAGGACGCGGACUAUACAAAUCUCUGGAACGAACUCAGGGAGUCCAUCUCGCUAGUCAAGGCCGGUAAACCAUGCCCUGGACAAGGCACUUUCGGACACAUUACAGGGGGCUACGAUGCAGGGUACUACGGGUACACGUACUCGUUGGUGUUCGCAGCGGACAUGUAUGCUACUGUAUUCAAAGCUGACCCGCUCGAUCCUGCCCGGGGCAAACGCUACCGUGACAAGAUAUUACGUGCUGGCGGAGGCCGAGAAGAGCUCGAUUCUUUGAAGGACUUUUUGGGUAGGGCACCCGACAAUGAUGCUUUCUUAAAGGAGAUCUUUCCAUCAAAGUCGAGUCUGUAACGGUGUGCUAGCAAGCGGGAUAUAAUGGACAAUCUGUAUGAUGUAGUGCUGAUGGUGGUUCUUGUAGUAUUUGUGCAAACAUCUGAAUAAUAUGAUGUAGAACAUAAAUUCUUUGAAAGAAAGCAGC